AUGGCUGAUACUUCAUGCCCAAUUACUACAAAAUUGGCAACUUGCGGUGAUUUCAUCACAGCUUGGGCAGGUCUCAGUUUCAAAAAUUCUCAAAGAAUAUUAAACAGAGAAGGUCACCGCGCCGUUGCCACUCCCACGCCGGGCAACUUCCGCCUUCCCACGCCGCGGCACAACUCGCGGCGACCUCCACGACUGGCCAGAGAAGUUCAGCAGCCCAGGUGCCACGCCGCGGCGAGCCCCGCGCCGCGGCACUUCAGUCCCUUCACGCCGCUGCACUUCUCUCCUCACGCCGUGACCACCGUCGCGCCGCGCCGCGGCAGGCUUCGCGCCGCGGCGUCUGAUCUUGUGAAUGCUGAAAUUGUUCGCUAUUAUUUCCCUUGCCCUUGGAUGGUGGGCCAGGCAAGAAAUGCCAUCGGUCAGCUGACAAUGUGCCUUGAAGUGCCUCCGAACAUAGCUAAACUCAUAAUUCACUCUUAA